CGGCGUGCACACGCGCUGACACACUGUAAGUGCCUGGCUGUCUGCACUCUGAGCUCAAACCCUCUUUAAGCUGUUUUUGUGCCGCAGAUCUGCCCCUAAUGACACACAGCUGCCUCCGCCGAAGACACGACAGAAGACAGGGAGGAGGAAAACAAACCAUCGGCAGACCCGAAACUUUCUCUACCCGGUUUCCUCGUUUCUUCCUUUUUAGCUCAGGAGCAAUUUACUAUUUUUAAAAUAUUGUUUUGAGAAGCGAGGAGGGAGGAAGCGAAGAAGACGAGGGGUUGGAGUUCACAUGACAUAAUCAGAGUGAAUGCGUUGCCAUGGCGACUCGCCCAGGGAGCCUGACCCGAGCGGAGUGAAUGGAGGGAGCGCUUGGUGAGGGAUAACGGCGGAGUCACCAGAAAGACGGAGAGGAGGCGAAAGAAGGGAGGACAGGAGAGGACAGAGGCAGCAGAGCUUGAGAAUGGAGGACGGCUUUUCCAGCUACAGCAGCCUGUAUGACACCUCCUCACUGCUGCAGUUCUGCAAUGAUGACAGCGCAUCAGCUGCCAGCAGUAUGGAGGUGACCGACCGCAUUGCCUCCCUGGAGCAGAGGGUCCAGAUGCAGGAGGACGAGAUCCAGCUCUUGAAGUCUGCUCUGGCCGACGUGGUACGCAGGCUCAACCUGUCCGAGGAGCAGCAGGCCAUGGGUGCACGCAGAGGACCCACCAAAGCCAGGCCAAUGAUCGCCACUCUGCCAUUACGACCCACUGUAAAUAAUGGCACCAUCGUACCAAAGAAAGGCAGUGGUACCCUGCCUUCUCCAUCUGGAUCUGGGUCCAGGAAGGACAGCACCACACCAGCCACCAAAAGCACUGUGAGGAGAGCCAACUCAAACGAGCAUGUGGGAACUCUGACACGGAAAGACUCAGGAGACUCCAAAGGCAACCGAACCCGAGCCGGAUCCACCGGCAGCAACUCCAGUGGCAAAAGAAGUGACGGCAAACAGAGGGAUCCAGUUUUCAGUGCAGGGAUGCGCCGUGUGAUCCACUGCAAAGAGGAAGGUUAUGUGAAAAUGUAUUUGAAGGGUCGGCCUGUCACCAUGUACAUGCCCAAAGACCAGGUGGACAGCUACUGUCUGGAGGCCAAAGCUGAGCUGCCCAGCAACAAACUCAAACUGGACUGGGUCUACGGUUAUCGUGGUAGAGACUGCCGCUCCAACCUUUACCUGUUGCCCACUGGGGAGACUGUGUACUUCAUCGCUUCAGUGGUCGUCCUGUUCAAUGUGGAUGAACGGCUGCAGAGACACUACACGGGACACACAGAUGACAUCAAAUGCCUUGCGGUCCACCCAGACAAAAUCACUAUAGCAACCGGACAGGUGGCAGGCACCACCGCAGAUGGCAAACAGUUGGCUCCUCAUGUACGAGUGUGGGACUCCGUCAGCCUCAACACCCUCCAUGUUCUGGGCGUAGGCUUCUUUGACCGAGCCUUGGUCUGCUUGGCUUUCUCCAAGUCGAACGGGGGAAACGCUCUGUGUGCUGUAGAUGAUUCCAACGACCACGUCCUCUCUGUGUGGGACUGGCAGCGUGAGGACCGACUGGCUGAGGUCAAGAGUUCCAAUGAGUCAGUUUUUGCUACAGACUUUCACCCCACAGACAGCAACAUCGUAGUGACCUGUGGCAAAUCACAUGUCUAUUUCUGGAACAUGGAGAAAGGCGUUCUGGUCAAAAAGCAAGGACUGUUUGAGAAACAGGAGAAGCCCAAGUUUGUCUUGUGCGUGACCUUUGCAGAAAACGGCGACGCCAUCACUGGAGACUCCAGCGGGAACAUACUGGUGUGGGGAAAAGGCACUUAUCGUAUCAUCCAUGUUAUCCAAGGAGCUCACGAGGGCAGCGUCUUUGCUCUCUGCAUGCUGAGAAAUGGCACGCUGGUGUCUGGAGGGAAAGACCGCAGGCUCAUUUCCUGGGACAGCAGCUACCAGCAGAUCCAGUCAGUGGAGGUGCACGAGUCAUUCGGACCGAUCCGGACUGUGGCAGAAGGCCGAGGGGAGACCGUGAUCAUCGGGACCACAAAGAACUUCGUUCUGCAGGGAAGUUUGGAUGGAGAGUUCAUCCCCAUCACACAGGGUCACACUGAUGAGCUGUGGGGUCUGACCAUCCAUCCAUGGAAGUCCCAGUUUCUCACAUGUGGUUAUGACAAGCAGGUCUGCCUGUGGGACUCAAACUCCCAUCAACUCAUCUGGACCAAAAACAUGGAAGAUCUUGCCCAAUCAGCAGGCUUCCAUCCAUCUGGAGCUGUUGUUGCAGUUGGAACCCAGACUGGCAGGUGGCUGGUGCUGGACACAGAGACUAAGGAUUUAGUCACCGUGCACACAGAUGGGAAUGAACAGCUGUCUGUUCUACACUACAGCCCAGAUGGUAACUUCCUGGCCAUUGGCUCCCAUGACAACUACAUCUAUAUCUAUGCCGUGGCAGAAAAUGGGAGGAAGUACAGCCGAGUGGGGAAGUGCUCGGGUCACUCCAGCUUCAUCACCCAUCUGGACUGGUCCACGGACUCCCAGUACGUGGUGUCAAAUUCAGGAGACUAUGAGAUACUCUACUGGAUUCCAUCAGCAUGUAAGCACGUGGUGAGCGUGGAGACCCCCAGAGACCUCCAGUGGGCCACAUGUACGUGUCCUCUGGGCUUCCAGGUCUUUGGCUUGUGGCCCGAUGGCUCCGACGGCACCGACAUCAACGCCAUCUGCAGGUCAAACGAGAAGAACCUUCUGGUCACUGGAGAUGACUUCGGGAAGGUUCAUCUCUUCUCGUACCCAUGUUCACAGUUUAGGGCUCCCAGCCAUGUUUAUGGUGGCCAUAGCAGUCAUGUGACCAACGUUGCCUUCCUGUAUGAUGACAGCUUCCUGGUGUCGACUGGAGGGAAGGACAUGAGUGUGAUGCAGUGGCGGAUCGUGUGAGCAGGCUGACGGCUGUCUCAAUCCAACACAAAAUGAACAGCAUUAAAAUGAAACGAACCAACCAAAAUGAACACAGAUCCUUAAAACCAUAUAUGGACAGAGCCUGACUGAGCUGAAGAGUGAACCGAUGGAAGAUGAUCGGGUGUUCAUAGGUUCUCUUCCUGAUGUGCUGUCAGAUCUAAAGGAGAUGCCUAAUGUAUGGUUUGUUGAAAGAAUAUUUCUUCUCUUCCUUGCCCUCACAUAUUGUAGAAAACACACCAAUGAGAAAACCUAAAGUAGACCGAACCAAAGGUUCCGCCACUGACCACAGACUGAAGAGGUCAACGCCACUGAGCGUGACAUCUGAGACCACAGUGUACUGGCAGAAAAAAGA